CUGUGAGGGCCUGUGCCACGUCUGCUGGGCGGGCGCGAGGGGGCUGCGCGCGGGGCAGGGCGCUGUUGCGGAGAGCCGUUACGGCCGUUACCGGGGCGGGAUGGCUGGCCGGCGGCGGUGAGGCGGGCGGGGGCCCGGCUGUGGGGCAGCGAUGGCGGCGCUGCGAGCGGCGCUGCUCGGCGCGAUGCUGGGCUGCGCGGCCGCGGCGCUGAUCCCCGCGGCCGACGUGAAGGUGGAGGUGCUGCAGAAGCCGUUCCUCUGCCACAGGAGGACCAAGUGGGGGGACAUGAUGCUGGUGCACUACGAGGGCUUCCUGGAGAGGGAUGGCUCCAUGUUUCACUCCACCCACAAGCAUAACAAUGGUCAGCCUAUGUGGUUUACACUUGGCAUAAGGGAAGCUAUCAAAGGCUGGGACAAAGGUUUGAAAGACAUGUGUGUGGGAGAGAAGCGAAAGCUAACUAUUCCACCAUCCCUUGCUUAUGGAAAAGAGGGAAAAGGAAAAAUUCCACCUGAGAGCACACUGAUAUUCAACAUUGACUUGUUGGAAAUUAGGAAUGGACCAAGAUCUCAUGAGUCAUUCCAAGAGAUGGAUCUUAAUGAUGAUUGGAAACUAUCCAAGCAAGAGGUGAAAAUUUAUUUGAAGAAAGAAUUUGAAAAGCAUGGAGCAGUGGUAAAUGACACCCAGCAUGAUGCUUUGGUUGAAGACAUAUUUGAUAAAGAAGAUGAAGACAGUGAUGGAUUUAUAUCUGCAAGGGAAUUCACAUAUAAGCAUGAUGAGCUGUAGAAAAAUGUGGCAUAAUUUCUUAUGAUGCAAAAAUGGCAGUGACUUGGAGAAUAUCUGGUUCUCUCCUUGAUUCAUUAUUUUCGAGCUGACAGUUGCUGUUGGCAAAGAAACAUUCUUUUUUAUAUGAAAGAAUUUGUUAUGUAUAAAUGUUUAAACUAUUUUGAAGUAUGAAAAUGUACCUCCUCUCAUGCAGCAGAUGUGUAUGUGAAUUUUUUUAACUUUUGUAUUAACUUAUUUUUCAGAAAUGAAACAAACUUCCCAGAUAUCACACACUUUGAAAAUCAAAA